AUGUCGAAUUCAAGCCAUUUGGUGAGAAACUACGACUCAAAGAAACCGAUCGUGUGGAUCGACUGUGAAAUGACCGGAUUGGAUCAUUUACAUGAUCACAUUAUUCAGAUUUGUUGCCUUAUAACGGACAAGGAUCUCAAUUUGCUGGAUGAAGAGGGAUACGAAUCAGUGAUACACUGCCCGAAGUCGACCAUGGACCAGAUGGAUGAGUGGUGCACGCAGCAUCAUGGGAAUAGUGGGCUUACUGCUGAAGUUAUUGCUUCUAAUAAGACCAAAGAGCAGGUUGAUAAGGAACUUUUGGAGUAUUUGAAGAAGUUCAUGAGCAAGGGAACGGGAAUAUUAGCCGGAAAUUCGGUUCACGUGGAUAGAUUGUUCCUAUUGAGAGAAUUGCCGAGUGUUGUGGAUUAUCUCACUUAUCGAAUUAUCGACGUUUCAUCAGUGAUGGAAUUCGCAAAGAGACACAAUCCCACCGUGGAGAGACUCAUGCCUCCUAAGAUUGGUGCCCAUACUGCUAAGCAGGACAUUAUUGAGAGUAUCAACCAGAUGAAAUUCUAUCGUGACGUGUAUUUCAAGAACGAGGAUGAAAUAAACGUCAGGGACGUCAAGAAACAAUGGGAAGGAAAAGAUAUCAACGGAAAUAGGAUUGACUGA